GGCCCCUUUCACGGACAUGGAGGAAGUGGGGAUCACCUACAAGGACCUCCCAGAUGUCUCGGCUGCGAUCCCUAAGAAUGGCCAGAGGAUGGCACGUUCAGUCAGGGAGGUUGGGAUGGCGCGGGCCCUGACCUGCUCUUUAGAUCAAGCGCGGGAGCAG